GUACAAGAAUUUGGACGCCCGCCCUGCUUGUCACUUUGACAGCGUGGGGAUGGAAGUGGUUAUUCUCUAAUUUUGAUUUAAAACUUAAUUUGGUCGAUUUUGAAGAGUAUAUAAGUGAAAAUAAAGCUAGAAACACUCAAAGUGCGAAUUUCUAUCAAGUGCUUGGCUGAAUUUUAGACCAUGUCCGAUUCGGAGGCGAGUAAUAUGUCGGAUAGCGGGUCCGAUGUCGGGAGCAUGGGAUCAAAUCGGUCGCAGCACAGUGCCCGAUCCAGAUCAUCCCGGUCGGCGUCGAGGUCGGUGUCGAGAUCGCGUUCUCGCUCUCGGUCGCCGUCUAGAUCGCGUUCACGAUCGGCGUCCGCUGGGUCCGGCUCGGGGUCGGAUGUAGAGCGUGUGCGCAACAGAGGUCGGAAAAGGGGUCGUAGUCGCAGCAGAUCCGACGAGGAGGAAGUCGACGAGGAACAAGAACCUGAGGAUGGUGAAGACUUGGAUUCUGAAUACGAUGAAGAGGACGAGGACGAAGACGGCGGACGACCAAAGAAGAAGAAAAAGAAGGAACGCUUCGGAGGAUUCAUCAUUGAUGAAGCUGAAGUAGACGACGAAGUGGAAGAAGAUGAAGAAUGGGAGGACGGAGCAAACGAGAUUGGAAUCGUUGGUAACGAAAUUGACGAAUUGGGACCCACCGCUCGUGAUAUUGAAAUCAAACGACGGGGAACUAACCUCUGGGACACUGCGAAGGAAGAUGAAAUCGAGGAAUAUCUGCGGAAGAAAUAUGCAGACGCGUCGAUUGUCAGGAAACACUUUGGCGAUGGUGGGGAGGAAAUGUCGGAUGAAAUCACGCAGCAAACAUUGUUGCCCGGAAUCAAGGAUCCAAACUUGUGGAUGGUCAAAUGCCGUAUCGGCGAAGAAAAAGCUACUUGCCUUCUCCUGAUGAGGAAGUUCCUAACUUACCUCAACACCGAUGAGCCGCUUCAAAUCAAAGCGGUGGUCGCACCAGAAGGGGUCAAAGGUUACAUCUAUGUAGAAGCGUACAAGCAAACCCAUGUGAAGGCCGCAAUUGCGAAUGUGGGCAACCUGCGGAUGGGGCAAUGGAAGCAGGAGAUGGUGCCCAUCAAGGAAAUGACAGACGUGCUGAAGGUAGUGAAGGAGCAAGCCGGGCUUAAGCCAAAACAAUGGGUCCGAUUGAAGCGGGGUCUUUACAAGGAUGAUAUAGCACAAGUAGACUAUGUGGACUUGGCGCAGAAUCAAGUACACUUGAAGCUUCUUCCGCGUAUUGACUAUACAAGAAUGCGCGGUGCAUUGAGAACAACGCAAUCAGAUUCUGACGAUGCAAAGCGCAAGAAGAAACGACGACCGCCCGCAAAACCAUUCGAUCCUGAAGCGAUUCGGGCGAUCGGCGGUGAAGUUACCUCUGAUGGUGAUUUCCUUAUCUUCGAAGGAAACAGAUAUUCUAGGAAGGGCUUCCUCUACAAGAACUUCACCAUGUCGGCUAUCCUCGCGGAAGGCGUUCGGCCAACGCUUUCUGAAUUGGAAAGAUUCGAAGAGCAGCCCGAGGAAAUCAACAUCGAACUCGCCGUUGCUAGCAAAGACGACCCCGCAACUUCCCAUUCCUUCUCUAUGGGUGAUAACGUGGAGGUUUGCGUCGGAGACUUGGAGAACUUGCAAGCGAAAAUCAUUGCAAUUGACGGGGGCAUGAUCACGGUCAUGCCCAAACACGAGGACUUGAAGGAUCCUCUCAUCUUCAAAGCGAAUGAAUUGAGAAAGUACUUCAAAACUGGUGAUCACGCUAAAGUUCUCGCGGGACGAUAUGAGGGCGAAACUGGUCUUAUUGUACGUGUUGAGCCGUCGAGGGUAGUCCUCGUUUCAGAUUUAACGAUGCACGAAUUGGAGGUUUUGCCGAGGGACUUGCAAUUGUGUUCCGAUAUGGCGACCGGUGUCGACUCACUGGGUCAGUUCCAGUGGGGAGAUCUAGUUCAACUCGAUGCUCAAAAUGUUGGAGUAAUUGUUCGUUUAGAACGAGAAAAUUUCCAUGUGCUUGGUAUGCAUGGGAAAGUUAUCGAAUGCAAGCCUACAGCUCUACAAAAACGGCGAGAGAAUCGAAAUACGAUCGCUUUGGAUGCUGAUCAGAACCAGAUUCGCCGUAAAGAUAUUGUUAAAGUAAUGGAAGGCCCGCAUGCGGGUCGUCACGGUGAAAUCAAACAUCUCUACCGGAACCUUGCGUUCUUGCAUUGCCGCAUGUACACGGAAAAUGGAGGUAUUUUUGUAUGUAAAACGCGCCACUUGCAACUUGCCGGCGGAAACAAAAAUCCAGCCAACAGCUUAGGACCGCUCGGUGGAUUUGGGUUCAUGUCGCCGAGGAUACAGUCGCCCAUGCAUCCUUCCGGUGGAAGAGGAGGUCGUGGCGGAGGUGGCGGCCGGGGUGGACGUGGUGGAUUACGUGUCACAAGAGAUCGCGAAAUACUUGGCAAAACUAUCAAAAUCAGUGGCGGUCCGUAUAAGGGUGCUGUUGGCAUUGUCAAGGACGCCACGGAAAGCACGGCUCGAGUUGAAUUGCACACUUCGUGCCAAACUAUUUCGGUCGAUCGAAAUCACAUUGCUGUUGUCGGGGUUCCUGGAAGGGAAGGUGGCAGCGUAUCGACAUACGGAAGGACACCUGGACGCACACCGAACUAUGGAUCUCAAACUCCAAUCUACAGUGGCUCCAAGACUCCGCUCAUUGGCAGUCAGACUCCACAAUGGGACGAUGGUCAUCGUACUCCGCAUCAUGUCUCGAUGACCCCAUCGCACGAUGGAAGCGCCACACCAAGGCACAGUGCAUGGGAUCCGAAUGUUACGAAUACUCCUGCCAGGAGCAACGAUUUCGAUUACAAUAUGGACGAAGCCAGCCCAAGUCCGGGCUACAAUCCAAGCACACCAGGAUAUCAAAUGAGUACUCCGUUUGCUCCGCACACACCGGGAACAAUGUAUGGCUCGGAUCACAGCUUCAGUCCAUACAACGCAAGUCCCAGUCCAUCUCCAUCGCCAUAUCCAGUUGGCUACAUGGCUACGCCAUCGCCAUCUACCUACUCGCCCAAUACUCCGGGCGGUGCACCGCAGUCGCCCUUCAACCCUCAAACGCCGGGUGCUAGCUUGGACUCAGCUCAUAUGGGUGAUUGGUGUACAACUGACAUCGAAGUUAAGAUCCACACUCACGACGACGCCGAUUUGGUUGGGCAGACUGGUAUCAUCCGCACAGUGAGCAAUGGAGUUUGCUCUGUAUUCCUGCGGCAAGAAGAUCGCAGCGUUUCAGUUAUUAGUGAGCAUUUGGCACCGGUGACGCCGCAGGCAGACGAUGAUUUCAAAGUUAUUUGUGGCGACGAGAGAGAGUCAAUUGGUAAAGUGAUUUCUGUAUCCGGAAAAGACAGCUUCGUUAAUUUACAUGGAAAGCAUUUGUUGAUACCGACAAAGUUUUUAUGCAAGAUGAGGUCAGCCGACUAGUAAGUUGCCUGAAUUUUUUAUCUCUUCCUUGCUCUUAUAUCUUAGGACAUUUAAUGUUGUUGGUUACACACUUCCUUAGAGACAUCUGCGUUUUCCUUUACUGUUUAUUAUCUUGAUUCAUUGUACUGAAUGUCAAAUAAAGCUAUAUUCCGCAGUAAUUAAA